CAAAUCAGGUGAUUUUAUUUGCUCUUUUUGGUCUCCUAAGGCCCUUAAGUGAUGCUGUAUUUUCUAUCGCGUCAUUAGGAGGCUUCAUUGGGACUAGUUCUGCUGGGGCUAGUUAGGGAAUAAGAUAGGAAAUGCCUCGAAGCCGUGUUGAUUUACUAGAUUGUGGGUCACCCCUGUUGGAAAUCGAAGUUUGGGGAUUGUUUCUGUUCAGGAAGCUGUGAAGCUUUCUAGCCGCACAGUAAUUAGAAUUCCCAGUUCGGUAACUGACAAGAUUUCACAAUGGUUCAAUUCUAGGAUUAGGUUAGCUCUUGAUCCUUAACUUUCGUCUGGCUUAUAUACUUCCUUGCUGUAGGGGCGUUACUCAAGGGAGGAAGUGUAAUCAGUGUUUCUGAGUGCCUGCAAAGAGGCCAGUUGGUUUGCUAGGAGUGGUGAUGACAUUGUUUUAGGCGUUCCUGUUACCUUUGGCAGAAUCAUUCUGGACAUUCUAUUCUACUUAGCUCCCAGGGAAACUUAGAAGAUUGUAUUACCCGUUCCCUUUAUUGAGUUACUUAGCUUAGAGUUUCAUGUGUACGGAGAGGAAUACUUUUGCCUUCUGUGCUGCUGACUGUCUAGAGUUGUAAACUCUCUAAAACAGAAUUCUCUCUUGUCUCUGAUAGGUGGGUAAAAAGCAAAUGAAAUUACCGACAUGUCCUGUAGAAAAAAGCAUACCAACGCACUCUCAAAGCAAAUCUUUUUCCCCCUUUACCUAUUAGAGUCAAGAAGCAAAUAUGUGCAUUAGAACCACUGCACUGAAUUAGAAAGUCGGAAAUUGAGAUCAGUCUUUUCCUUAGGAAACAGAGUCAUUUGCUUAUAACUGCUAAUGGUAUUUUUCUAAUAUAGAAUGGAGGUGGUAACGGUCUGUUUCCCUGGGACUGAACAAAUUAACAGUCUGUGGUCCAAACCUUUGCUCUUGUUGUUAGCAGCCUUCAAUGCAUGUAUGUAGUCAUAGCACUCACCAUUUGUUAUAGAAGUGGUAAUAUAGUCUCUAUCUUUUGCAUUUUCUCACAUGCUGAAUAGUUACUCUAAAGUGUAAAGCAUUUCCAUGUAUCUACUAAUGAUGAGAAACUGAAAUUGUAUGGGAAAUGUCAUGGUAAUUAUGUUCUAUAGAAAUUCAGAUGUAAGAGAGGAAUUGGAAAAUUAUUGGUAUCUCCAAAGUUAUUGGUAUUUCCAAAGGCUUUCCAUCUAAUGACCAAUUAACAUUUAGCCUCUGAUACUUUCAUUCUCUAUUUCCAUAGUGCGUACAACUAUGUUGAAUUACAUUGUUGCUGAAUAUUUGCUGAAAAAAUAUGGUUAGUUAUGAACCAUUUGAUCUUUGGGUCUUAGGUUUUUUUUCUGUCACAUUGAUGAUCAUUUUCCAGACCACACCAUGGUAAAAUUUUCCCUAGGAAAAAAGACAAAUGCAUGAUCUGGUAUUCUUUGCAUAUUAUUGAAUGAAAGAUUUUUCAUUGCUUCUGUUAAACAAUUAAAUGUGAAUGAGAGAUUUCUCAAUUUCUAUCAUAUGAGAGAAGAUAAUCAAUGACUGAUCAUUGCCUUUAAGAAAAGUUGUUUGUAUCUUCAGCAUUUUGAUUUAGCAGUGCUAUCUGACACAGUAUUUUGGCAUGUUAUGUGUGAAUAAUGAGGAUACCAUGUGCAUUUUAUGGUUUAAAUCAUCUAGUAAAACAUAAUCUUAUGUUGUAAACUUAUUUUUUAUUUAAUCCAUAAAGUUUGUGGUAAUGUAAUAAGUGGAUACUCUUUCUGCAGUACCUAAUUUGAUUAUUACUGUGUACUUGUUGGAUUAACUGUAUUAAUAAUAAUAUUAACAGUUUUGGACUACAAGGGAGUGGCCUAAAACAUUGCAAUAAUUAUCAUCUUUGCCAUUGAGUUUUUAAAUAUGAAUAGAUGAAGACUUUACAUUGAUGUAAGAUGAAUAUAUCUGCAAACCUUCAUGGUCAAUAGUAAUUGCAUAUACCUGUGUUGCUGGCAAAUGAUGUACUGGAAGAGACAAAUAUUAAUGCUAAUUUUUUAAAGGAAUCUCCACAGAAAGAAAUACAAGAUCAAGGCUCAAGUUGAUAAAUCCAAAAGUUGAUGCUAAAGUUAAGGUUCCCAAGGUGACUGAUAUUCCUGCCUCCAUGGAGUCUUUAAAAGGUGCAGGAGAUUCAGUAGCUGAACAGAGUUUCUGCAAGAGAGGACUGAAGAGUGCGUCAUUGAAAGAUUUAUGUGUUGAGGACAAAAGGCGCAUUGCCAAUUUAAUUAAAGAACUGGCCAGAGUAAGUGAAGAAAAGGAGGUGACAGAGGAGCGACUGAAAACUGAGCAGGAGUCCUUUGAGAAGAAGAUCCGGCAGUUGGAGGAACAGAAUGAACUGAUCAUCAAAGAAAGGGAAGCUCUUCAGCUACAGUAUAGAGAAUGUCAAGAACUUCUAAGUCUCUACCAGAAGUACCUGUCAGAGCAGCAAGAGAAGCUUACCAUGUCGCUCUCAGAGCUUGGAGCUGCUAGAGCACAGGAACAGCAGAUAACCAAGAAGAAAAUCACUCACCAGUCUUCAUUGGUGAACCUGGAUGGUUCCUAUAUGAGUGUAGCCAAACCGCAAACCUGCCAGACCAGGGCCAGGCCUAAGUCAGAAAACCAGGACUCAGCUUCAGAAUCCCACACAGCAUUAAGGAAUAAUUCUUUGAAACCAGUAACACUUCAUCAUCCCAAACAGGAUUUAGAGAGGAUGUCAACAGAAACCAGAACGUGUACUUAUGAAUCUCGAGGGAGGAGACUAAUAGAUGCAGCCCCAGUAGAGGAAGCUCUCCCAGAAGAGUUGAAGAUAAAGGACUAUCCAAACCUUCUGCCUACUCCAUCUAGUCAGUACUGUGGUCAUAAAUACUCUGAAAGUGAAGCUUAUGUUCAUGAGAACUAUCAUCCUACGAACAUGGCCUCUCAGUGUUGUAAGACACAUCCAGAAUCAUGCAGUCAUUGUAGGAUGUCCUGGGCAUCUCUCAUGCAUGAUGGAGUGACACUGCAACCCAGAGAAACCGACAUCGAAAAACAACUCUCAGAAGAUCGAAGGCAGCAGCUGAUGCUUCAGAAAAUGGAACUGGAAAUUGAAAAGGAACGCCUUCAGCAACUCCUGGCCCAACAAGAGACAAAGCUUCUCCUUAAACAGCAGCAGCUGCACCAAUCCCGACUAGAUUACAAUUGGUUAAGAACUCAAGCUAUGUUUAGAUCUCGAGAACUGGUUGCUGAUAAAGACUUUCCUAAACCUGGAAGUGACUCUGGACCAAGUUUAUUGAAGCCGAAAUGUGAUGGAUGGCUGCAUGGAACCUCAUCAUCCUUCAAAAAGUGCCCAGACUCUCCAAACAGUGCGCAAAACCGGAAGGAGAAGAACACUGUUGAGUUUCAGUCACACGUGGAGAAUGGCAUUCAAUGGACAUGUCAACAGAACGACACAUGCAGACUCCAGAGAGAGACAGCAACGGGAGUUAGAAAAGAUGCUUCCACAUCUCCUAUGUCAACACAAAGCCCUAAAGACCCCCUGACACCAGCCUCAUCGUCAUCCAAGCACAAAACCUCAAGGUAUGAGACAUCUCUGUUGGAUUUGGUUCAGUCUCUGAGCCCAAAUUCUGCUCCUAAAUCUCAGCCCCAUUCCUCCAGAGCAACAGGGACAUGGAGUACUCUCCGACCCACCCCUAAGACAUCUACCUGGAAGAAAGUGGGGACACGUAAGAGCCCUGAGGACCUGGAGGAGAAUCAGAUUCUGGAAGACAUAUUUUUCAUAUGACUCUGAAGCACAUGCUACAGAAUUUCCACAGGAAAUAUUUGAGUUUCUUUCCAUAUUGGUGUAGGAUGUUAAACUGAAAAGAAGCCGUGUCUCUCCUUUCGUGAGACCUCUUGCUGGCAUCCUUUUAUGGUAUUGAAUAUAGAAAGCAUUCUAAUAAAUCAGGGUGGUUUUUGUCAGACCAGUUUAGCAGAAACAGAAUAAAGGAGGUCACUUAGAGGUAGGAUCUUUUCUAUAUCAAACAGAAAUUAGAAAUUGUGGAUACUGUCUGCAUAGUAAAACCCAUGAAUGUCUAGUGUCAUUUUAAGAGUGUUUUCAAUUUACUACUGCAAAAAGUUGACUCUUUACAGAUGGAAAACGUUCCCAUUAACAGAUCCCUUAAAUAUGAAAGUAGCCACUUCAGAAAGGCUCUUCUCUCCUCACCAAUGCUAAGUGUGACUCUUCAUUCCGACGUUGAAGUUGGUGACCCUAAUAUCUUCUCACAUGGGACCAAUACUUGUGGGUCAUAGUGGUCAUCAACCGAGUCAUUGCCACCCCUUAAACCAAAAGGCUGAAUGACUUAGAGGGAAGUUUGCAACCAGACAGUGGCAUUAGACCACAUGAGGGCAUGGCCGCCUGGGGAAAUUUACCAGUGUCCAGGCAGCCACCUCUCCAGUGUUCCGUGAUGGGUGUUUCUUGUCGACUUCAAUGUUGUAAACUUUACCUGUGGUUGUGUCUGAGGAAGACAGCACUAGAGGAAGAGUGGUGUCAAGUGGCUGCAGGCUGGCAGGUUCCUUGUGCCCCACCUCACGCCAUAGGACGAGUGUCCUACUCUGAGCACCGUGGAUGCAGAGUCUGAGAACGCUCUGCUGAUUACCCUUCUGCCCAGAUCUAAAUCCUUUCUCCUCAGGCUGAGCUCAGUGCUGUUGGUUCUACUCAGGCUCCCCUCCCAAGCUCAUGCUCUUCCUCUGAGGCAGCUGCAAGGGCAAGACUAAUUACCCUUUGGAAAUUUAAAGCUCAUUGCAGAUUCCAAUUUUCUUUUCAAAUUCAGCCUGAGAGUAACUAGAACAGGCUUGUUCCACUUCAAAACACCUUUAGGAUAUGCCUUUGGAGGGGCAGAAAUAGCCAUAUUCUCAGUUGGGUUUCCAGAAACAUCUUUUCUCUAUCUUGUGUCAAAGACAGCUUAACUAUACCUAUUUCUUUACACCUGCUAUAACCAUAGUCACCGUUCUGAGCAUCAGUAGUCUUACUACUCCUGUACAUCUCCAGAAGGAAAGGAAAGAGAAUCUGAUCUCUUUAAGAAGCUUAUUUACAGGUAGAAGAGUUGUAAAAGGCCUAAAAAUGAAAGCUUUUGUGCAGUGACAUGCCAGUGAAUAGAAUUUAAUUGCUUCUUCACUAGCAUGGGAAGUUUGGAAGAG